AAAAUGAUGGGUUUAUGAAGUUGUUGCGUAAUGCAGUUACACAAGUUAUUACUCGCUAGCCUACACGACGAGCCCUGCAUUCAAAAAAUUCCACCGAAACGCGAGACCUUUUCGGGUCGGGGACUGAUUGGCAGCUGCAUUGAGCAAUCUGCACGAAAUCCCGCGUGACGUUUUACCCGAGGCGUGUCUGGGUGUUUCUGCUAUUUUGAGAAUCGCAGGCAAGGUGUGAUCCCUCACCUGAGAAUUCGACAACUUUGUCAACUUCUGCCAGCUCCAGCAUGGGGGACAUUGCGAAGGGUAAGAAGGUGUUCAUGCAGAAGUGUGCACAGUGCCACACGGUGGACGAAGGUGGUAAGCACAAGGUGGGGCCAAACCUGCACGGCCUGUUCGGGCGCAAAACUGGCCAGUCCCCUGGGUACUCCUACACCCAGGCCAACAUCGACAAAGGUAUAAUCUGGAAUGAGAAGACACUGAUGCUGUACCUGCAGAACCCUAAAAAGUACAUUCCCGGAACCAAGAUGAUCUUCGCCGGCAUCAGGAAGAAGAAGGAGAGGGAGAGCCUGGUUGCUUACCUGAAAAAAGCCAGCUCCUCUUAGAGGCUGUGACCCCACCCCUUAGCUGACCACACACCUGAGGGGGAUUCAGACCUCACCCCUUA